GCCGGACACUGCGCGGAAGCCGAUGCUCGAGGAAGGCGCGGACCUGAGCCGAGGUGGCCGCUGCUGUCCUGCAGCCCCCGCGCCUGUGCAGCCGAGGGCUGGAACUUCUGCACCUCGGGGCUAUGAGCUGUGCCAGGGGUCUAGCCUUUUCCUCUAACCCCAAUGAUGGCCGUGGACAUUGAGUGCAGACUCAGCUGCAUGGCUCCUUCCUUGAGCAGAGAGAGGUUCGCUUUCAAGAUCUCGCCCACGCCCAGCAAGCCCCUGAGGCCUUGCAUCCAGCUGGGUGGCAAGAGUGAAGCCAGUGGCAUGGUAGCCCCGGCCGUCCGGGAGAAAAAGGUGAAAAAGCGAGUGUCCUUUGCUGACAACCAAGGACUGGCCCUGACAAUGGUCAAAGUGUUCUCGGAAUUCGAUGACCCGCUCGAUAUCCCGUUUCACAUCACCGAGCUCCUAGACAACCUGGUGAGUCUGACGACAGCAGAGAGUGAGCGCUUUGUGUUGGAUUUUUCCCAGCCUUCUGCUGAUUACUUAGACUUCCGACACCGGCUUCAGACCGACCGCGUCUGCCUGGAGAACUGCGUGCUGAAGGACAAAGCCAUCGCGGGCACCGUGAAGGUGCAGAACCUGGCCUUUGAGAAGCUGGUGAAAAUCAGGAUAACCUUCGACACUUGGAAGAGCUUCACAGACUUUCCCUGCUGCUACGUGAAGGACACAUACGCUGGUUCAGACCGGGACACGUUCUCCUUUGACAUCAGCUUACCCGACAAAAUUCAGUCUUAUGAAAGAAUGGAGUUUGCCGUGUGCUACGAAUGCAGUGGGCAGACGUACUGGGAUAGCAACAAAGGCAGGAACUACAGGAUCAUCCGGGCUGAGUUAAAAUCUGCUCAGCGAACGGCCCAGCCCCCGAAUGGAGCUGACUUUGGGAUCUCCUUGGACCAGCUGGGCAGCCCCCGGUACUCCUAUGGCCUCUUUCCCGAAUGGCCUAGUUAUUUAGGGUACGAAAAGCUGGGGCCCUACUAUUAGUGAUGGCUCAGACAGAGCACAACAGGUGGUACAGGCCCCAUAGCAGCAGGUAUGGUGGGAGGAAGAAGCCGAGAGCCUCACUGAACUGUCAUUGGGCACCAUUUGGGCAGAGGAAGGGUCCUUUCCCCCCCCUUUAUUUUCUUAAACCAGCCAGUCCAGCCACAGGGAGAGCUCCUAGGUCAGGUUCUCAGUGUGAAUGCGGUGAGCUGACCUGCUUGGCCUACAUGGCAGCCCAAAGGGUGCAGGGCAAGUUGGUACCUGAGGGGCAUCGGCGGGGAAUCCCAGGCCACAGGCACUAGCUGGUGAGGCUGGAGGAUGGGGCAGAAUAAUGGGUAAGUGGGAGUAUGGUCAUGGAGGGCUGCCUGGAAGAACCGCUCCUCUCCCCAUUUGCCAAAAAUUGAGUCACUCCAUCCCACACUGCUGCCACCCGCUGGACUCUGGCCUCCAGGUUCCUCCCCAUCAGGCCCUUUAUUCACACAGCUGUCCCAUGUGCUCACAUAGGACACUCUUAUCUUCUGUGCAUUUUUUGCAUUCUAUCUCCUUCCACCAAUCAUCUGACCCUCUGGAGGAGACAGAAAAUCAUAAAGGCAAAUGAGCUUGGAACGGAGACAAGCACUUCCUCCUCUCCACCUCCCCACACAAGCGGAGGGAGAAUCGAGCACA